GGAGUAGCCAAUGCCAAAAUAAAGUUGGCAAACAUGAAUGGAAGGCAGAAAACAAUGCUCGGUACUUUCAUGCGGUUCACAAAAAAAGUUUUGGGGAAAAGAGCUUACAUCAGGUCUAAAUAGAAGGGAAGAGGUUGUAUGUAUACAAGUAUAAUAUAUGUCUCAAUAGUACACUUAGGUUAACAGGGAAGAGCAAUGGCUUAUGUGUUCUUUGCCAAGUUGAAGAAGAUUAAGGAAGAAGGGAUGCCGAGUAGUAGAAUCAGAUCUUUAUUUAUUUGUCUUGAUGAUACGGGCUUAAUUAAAUGGAUAUAGUUGCUGUUGUUUUUAAGACUGUGCUCAUAGGCUGCCGAGUGCCUUUGCACACUGCUGUACACUAGGUGGCGGUAGGCACCAGAGACGUAAUAUGCCAGAACAUUAAAAGAAGAAGAAGAAGAAGAAGACGACGACGACGACGACGAAGAAGAAAUUGAAAUUUGGGCGGCAUUUCAGCAGUAGCUUUGUGCUUGCGGUUGUCGUGUUUUGUUUUGUUUUGUUUUCCUCACUCAAACUAAACAACGAUGUCGGAAAACGCAGUUCCCGUCCGCACUGUGGACGUGAUACUGAACUUUUACCGACUGGAAGUCCUGACUGGCGAAGAGGCGAAGCACUUGACCAAGAGCGACCUGACUCCGACUCCGAAGCCAGAAGCAAUUCAAACAGUCUACAUGAGAGUGUUGCAUCUGCUCUUUCGUUUCACACCCGAAUGUCACUUCAUGGUUCCGCUUCUGCAAAACAUUCAGCAUCCUGAAUAUCAAGAAGGGGUAACGGGUAUCAUCAGUGUCUACGUUCGCAUGCGGCAGUUUCUGCCAAUGUGUUUCGUGUAUGACUUUGCACUGAAUGACCUUCUAGCACCAAAGAAACAGAGAACACUUUUUAUUUUGAGCGCCAUCAUGAACUAUCUCCAAUUCAGGAAGCUGAGGCUGAAUGUGUUGGCGGAAAAGCAAACCAAAAUUAGGGCAUCUUUGGACAUGCAACAGACUUAUGCGAAAAGAGUCCAAGAAGCAGAGACAAAAAUUGCAAAGCUGAGUACUAUCCCACCGGAGCAGCAGGCUGAGGCUAGUAAGCUGGACGCUGCCCUCUCUGAACUGAACACAAUCAUCAAGAAUGAAUACAAGGAAGUGAAUACAAUCAAUGACAGUAUUACAGAGUGGAAAUCAAAAGUCGCCGAGAAAACACAGAAACUGGCCCAGGCGAAGAUGGAUGUAAACAACACAAAGGAAAACAUAACCAAACUCAAGUCUCAAAUUGUUGAGUCACCAGAAGAGCUGAAGAUCCAAAUGGAGAAGAUGAGGAAAGAUGUGAAGAACAUCAAAAGCUCUAUUGAACAAGCUGAUGAGUUUGUAGUGGAGCUGCAGAACAUGGUCCACAGAGUGACCCACACUGAUCUGGAGAUCCAGCAGAUGUACAGUUUGCUGCAAGAACUGGAAAUCGGCAUGAACGACAGAAAGCAGGAGUAUGAGGAGCGUCUACAGUUUAUAGCUCAGGAUGAGAAAAAACAGAAGGAUCUUAAGAAUCUGUGCAAAGAGGAGGAGCAGCUGAAGCGAAGUCUUGGCAUGAAGCUGGACAAGGAGAUCAAACAAAACAUCCGCAGGCAAAAGGAGAAGGAGGCAAAGGAGCAGCAUAUCAAGAAUGUGUUGGGACAGUGUAAACAAGUACAUCAGAAGCGUGAGGAAAAGGCAGACCAAAUAAAAGAGAUCUCCAGAGAGUCGCAGCAGCUGAAAGUUCAGAUCCAGAGCCUCAAAGAUGUCUCCCGCAAACAGACCGAGGCGGCUCAGGCUAUGUAUGGCACCCUUUCAGCUGCCAUGGACGAGCUGGACGGGAGAAUCGAGAUGCAGAUUUUAAAUCUGAAAGAAGAUGCCAUCAAGAUGUCUGCAAAUUUUCCACUUUAGAGGUGGUUGGGUGUCAAGUUCAAAAGAGUUAAAAGGAAUGUGCAUCGUUAUAAAACUAUUUGAAAAGUGUGUGCUCACAGUGAAACUAAAAAAUGAAGGCUUAAAUUGCAUUUGUGUCGUCUUCCAGACAUGGUGAAUUUGUGCAUGAUUUAGGUUUAGCUUGUAAGGCAAUGUUAACCAUUUUCCAUCAAGUAACAAAAGUAUUUGUCUGUGGGUAGAGCAAACAAGUUAUUAGUCUUUAAAAAGUGUUCGGGUUCUGUAAUAUUCUAUAAUUGGGGGGGGGGGGCUGUAAUUGUUUUCAUGACCUUACCUCCACCGUGUUAGAAGAGCUUGUUUGUAAUUGGUAACUUUGGCCUUGCUAUCGCUUUGGCAAAGGUUGAUCUUCAUCUCAUCAGUCAUCUUUGAGGCGCAUCUCGACUGGUAAAAUUUCAGCCUGGCCCUCCUAGUGUUCUCUCAAAUUAGUGAUUUGUGUCUUCUACUGUAGCUUUUGUACAAUAUGUUGAUGAAAUCUUUUGCAAACAGUACAUUGUGAAAUCUUCCCUCCUGCUCUGUGGAGGUUGGUGCUGAUGUCACCUCCAAAGCAGUCACUUUUCAAGGAGGGAGGGGGAGGAAAAAAAAACAAAACAAACCAGGGGUGUCAAACUUAUUUUUGUCUCUGGCUGCAUUGUAGUUCUGAUUUCCCUCAGAGGGCCGUUAGAACAGUGAAACCAUAUUACCAUUACAGAACAAAUUGAGGGAUAACUACUUUUAAAAUCAGAAGGAUAAUAGUUCAAGUAUUAAGUUUCUGUAGAAGAAGGUUUUUUUUAGCAAAUGUCUGGGGCUCCGUAUACUUACGUAUAUCUGUCAAGUGAAGUAAAUUCUAUUUGUAUGUUA